AUGGCUCCGAACACCUGGACUGACACUGCCGAGAAGGACCUGAUCUGGAACUUCAUCAAGGCCUCCAACAAUGGCAAGAUUCCGAAGGCCGACUGGAACCGUGUCCACGAGAUGAUGACAGAGAUGGGCUAUAACUUCACCAUCAACGCUCUCAACCAGCGCUGGUCCAAGACCAUCGUCAAGAACUACGGCCAACGCACCAACACCGGUGGAAAUGCUGGCUCCUCGGCCUCGGCCUCUGGCUCGGCCAGUGGCCCUGCCACUCCCACCACUUCCCGCAAGCGUGCGGCCCCCGGCUCUGGUAACCAGCCCUCUGCCACCCGCACCCCUAGAGGCAACCAGGCCGCCCAUGCCAUGGCUGCUGGCGCCAUGGCUGUCGACGAUGGCCAGGAUGACGAUGAGUCCGACCUUGAGAACGUCAAGCCCAAGGUCAAACGCACCAAGACCUCCCAUCACGCUCUGGUCAUCAACGGACUCAAGGGUCAGCGAAUCGACCUUACUAAGGACGCUGAGAGCGUCAAUUCCGCCCAGAAUCCUAGGGGUAUGCCUGAGCUCGCCAACCCCAGCGGCAUCAAGGUCGAGGACGAGAACGACUUUGGUCGUCGCCGCGACCGUAGCAUGACUGCAACCCCCUCCAACUCCGCCGUUUACUUCAACGCGGCCAGCACCAUCCGGGGUCUCUCUCAGGAGCGCAAGCUCACAAAGUCCGGCUAG